AACUUAUGGUAUCUGGGGCAGCUGGAGAAGUGCCUGAGGACAUUAAGGUGGAAACAUAUACACAUGGUCAUCUCAGUCUUUCUCUAGGAGAAACAAAAUUCAGAAGACCAAUGGUGAUCAAAAUCACAGAAGGAAAAUUGAGUAUCUUAGAAAAUACUUUAAAUAUAUAUGGAACAAUGAUCUUUGGAACAAUAACUAGUUUCUCUGGAAUGCUGAAAAACUUCAUUUUCAGAUACUGCUUCAAGGUUAACCAUGAUGCUUUGAAGACAUACACAUCAUUGAUUACACUUCAAUUUUUGUCUACUAUAGCUGCUUAUACACUCCUUGUCACAAAUGCUUUGUAUUCAGAUAAUAUAAACCAGGAAAAUUGUCUGAGAAGUUCACUUUUUGGCAUAGUAUGUGGUGUUUUAUAUGCCACUGCUUUGGUCUUUUCUAAAAAUGGAUAUCUGGCAGUAAAGCUUCAUAUUGUUCCAGUGCCAUUAAAAGGAAGGGUUUUACUUUAUUGGAUGAUGCUUUGUCAAACAGAGAUAAAAGCAAUGCUGGUUCCUCUAGCCUUUCAGAUGGUAUUUGGACUAUAUAAUGAUAUACAACAUUAUGCAAUAUUUGAGAGUACAUUUGAGAACAUUGUACAUGAAGAUUAACCAAAGAAUGAAUGGAUUUUUAAUAGGACACAGGUUUUGCUGAAAAAGUUCAAAGUAACUCUAGAUGAUUUGUUUCUGUUCUUUUUGCCUAGUGUAUAACAGGUUCUCAAUAAACAUUCAAUAAUUCAAUAAAUAAAUGUAAGUUCUGUCUUUCUUCUCAGUGUAUGUGGAAAUGGUUUUGAGGCCUCAAGUUCUGACCUACACAUUUAUAUAUCCAUUCAUUCAUCAGACAUUUAUUGAGCACCAGCUGCGUCUCAGGCACUGUGUUACAUGUAAUAAGAAAUAGUCUUUUUCCAGAAGGAAUUCACAAUUAGAAGAGAAAUUAAAAUUUGAACACAUAUCAUGAAAGGUUUUGAGGGGUAUACACAUAAUUCUGUGGGUAUGUGCCUAUUAACUACUUGGGCAAAAGGGAAAGUUGUAGGGGAAAAAGCGACAUUUAAACUAAAUUUUGAAGUUUAAACUUCAUAAGAAAUCAAAAUAUAGAAAUAGCAUACAACUCAUUCCUCUACUCUAAACUGUGAUUCAGUAUACUUACUAGUUUCUAUCAUUAAUAAGUUAUUUUCAUUGUGCUGUUUAAAGAACAUAUAUUGAGUGC